UUAUUUAAACGUUUCGAAUGUUUUCAGUUGUUUUCCGUUUUAAUCCAUAAGAACACUGUAUAUAAAUAGUACAUAUUACGAAUUCGAAAAGUGAAACGGAAUGAAAGGUUUAGUUGAACCGAAUAAAUAGUUUGCAGUUGCAGCUUCUUUGGACUAAUAUUUAUAUUUACAUAUCUUUAUAACGGCAGUAACUAUUUUAAUUUAUUAUAAUAGAUGCUUCGAAUAGAUUACUAUAUUUAGGCUGAUUGCGAAGACUUCUCUACUCUUAUAGCCUUUUGCAUUCUUGGGUGAAAUUAAAAGCCAUUGAGGUAUAGGAAAGUUUCAAUCCAAAAAGAUUUAUGAUUGGCUCAUAACAAUCAUGUGUGACGAAGAAUCUGAUGCAAGAAAAGCUUCAUCUUCAGACUUAAGUUAUCAAGCAGUUCCUGAUGUUGAUAGAGAAAUGGCUGCUCAAGCAUAUCAAGAGUUUGAACUAGAAAAAUUUGAACAAUGUGCAUCUAUACUUAAAAAACUUAUGUCUCGUAGACCCCAAGACUCUAAAGUUAUGCAUAAUUUGGCUGUAACAGAAUACUAUUUAUCUAACUGUAAGAAAACUGAAAUCUUUAAUAAAAAGAUGGUGGAAGUAUGUAGGCUUGCACACAUCGAUGUUCAAGAUCUAGAAUCUCUAGAUGAUGUAGACAGUUGUGUUGCAUUAUACAAUCAAGCAAUUGUAAUGUUUCAUCUGCAUCAAUAUCAUUCAGCCAUCAGCAUUCUAGAUAAAGUAUUUCAGUUUGUUGAGCCUUUGGAAGAAAAUUUGGCCAGAAAUGUAUGUUUUUUGCUCUUAGAAUUAUAUCUAUGUGUGUAUCAGCCAAGAAAAGCAUUAUGCCUGAUUGGGUACUUAGAAACAAUGCUUUUUUCUAAUAAUAAAAACUGUGGAAAAUCUAAUUCAAAAGAGAAAGAUGGUCAAAAAGAAGAAAAUGGUGAUAGUGUAAAUGAAAUAUAUAGGCGCAGAUUGCAGCUGUGUAAGGCUAGGUGCUAUGCUAUGAUCAAGACAUCCAAGGCGUGUAAAAGAGAAAUAAAGAAUUUGAUGUCUUCUGGAACCCAAGCUCAAAACAUUCCUGCUUUUUAUUUGAAGAGCCAACUCGAAUAUCAACGUGGUAAUUAUCGUAAAGCUAUAAAAUUGCUUAAUUCUGUCACUUUGCCUACAGAUAUUUCUAAGUAUAUAAAAGAAACUGGAGAUUUUCUGCCUACCAUUUACUACAAUAAUGUUGGUUGCAUUCACUUUUACAUGGGUAAACCAAACUUAGGUUGCCAUUACAUCACUAAAGCUUUAGAGUGUUUUGAGUCUGAAAUUGCAUCAAUUGCCGAUUCUAGAGAGGGCAAAUCGAGUGCUCGUCCUCUACAUUUAAUGAGUACAUCAACACAACAUCAGUUGAUGUAUAAUUUAGGUAUGCAGCGUUUACAAGCUCAGAGAUAUUUGGAGGCAUUCAAAUGCUUCAAGCAAGUCAUACCUUCGUAUCAUAGCAAUCCACGGCUGUGGUUACGCAUAGCAGAAUGCUGCAUCAAUUUGCACAAACCAGAUAAUACUGCUCAGUUUGUUGAAUUAAAAAAUGUCUCUUUUAUAAAAUCAAUGGUUGGCACGGGACCACACAGGAAACUUAUCUUAAAUUCUUCAUCCGAAAAGUCUUCCGCUGACAUCCCUAAAACUAGUUCUCCUCCCAAUUCUGAUACACCAUCUUUGCAUUUUGCUUUGCUCUGCUUGAAGAAUGCUCUGCAUCUUGUGGGAGAAAACCCAACCAAUGAGUCUUUAUCUGCCAGUGUGCCACCUUCUGAAGAAACCGAUUCAUCAGAAGAAAGUAAUAUUCUAUCGACUCUGCCAUCCAAUUUUGUACAAGGGGCAGAAAUCUUGAGCUUACGAAACUCCAUCCUGAUCGCUGCUUCUUAUGUAUCUCUGUGUCUGGGUGACGUCCUCUUAGCUCAUGAAUAUGCUAAAUCUUUGCUAGCGCAGCCAAGGAUUUCUGGUGCUCACAAGUUUUUAGCUCACUUGUAUGCUGGUGAAUCGCUCUUGUUGAUGGAUCGUAUAACAGAUGCAGUUGAGCAUCUCAAUUAUCAGUGUACUUCAGAUAUAGAAUUAGCCUUUCCAGUUAACUCUUCUGAAGUUUCUUUGAAACACCAAACCCGUUUUGAUUCUAAAUUGAAUGAAAAGAAUGACGAUGGAAGCCGUCCAGUGGGUAAUGUCCCUAAUUGGUUUCCUAAUGCUAUUUCAUCAGCAAAAUUUAUUACACAGUAUAAUUUAGCCGUAGCUUAUGCAGUCAGAGAAGAGUGGAGUAAAUCCUUAGAAUGUUUAAUGCAGACGACGAGCACAAAUGGUAAGAUGCCACCACGUGCAUUGUCACUUUUGAUUUAUGUUCAAUUACAUCAGGGAACGGCUGAGAACACUAAAGCUUAUGUUAAACAAUAUUCUACUUAUAAAAGUACUUAGUUGUUAAAUUUUUUCAGUUACUCUAUCACUAUUUAUUUGCAAGAAUUAAAAUGAUGAGUUAUUUACCGA